UUUCAAUGGUAUGUUUUGGACUUUUUUGUACCACUGCACUAUUACUUGGUGGCUCUUGCUUCUUUUAUAUAUAUAUGGAGUUUCAUGGCCAAACAUUCAUUGUGUUUUGCUUUGAGUUUCUGGGUUCAUCGUUCAAGAGUGAAUACUAAUCAACAAAAGGUUACUUUUCCUCUCCAGUAAAGAGUUAGAAGCUCCAGAAUGGUGAGAGCUCCGUGCUGUGAGAAGAUGGGAUUGAAGAAAGGUCCUUGGACUCCGGAAGAAGAUCAGAUACUCAUCAAUUACAUUCAACUUUAUGGCCAUGGAAACUGGCGAGCGCUUCCCAAACAAGCCGGUUUGUUAAGGUGUGGAAAGAGUUGCAGGCUGCGGUGGACAAAUUACUUAAGACCAGACAUUAAACGAGGAAACUUUAGCAGCGAAGAAGAGGAAACCAUCAUCAAGCUACAUGAAAUGUUAGGAAAUAGAUGGUCGGCAAUUGCAGCAAGAUUACCGGGAAGAACGGACAAUGAAAUAAAAAAUGUAUGGCACACCCACUUGAAAAAGAGACUCAAACAAAACAAAAACCAUUCCACCACCAUGUCCAUGAGCGAUGUUUCCAAGCAUAAUAUUAACCAAGACGCCAAAAAGGAACAAGAACAAGUGAAUAUUAGUAUCCAUGGGAGAUCCGAGAGCACAGAACAUAUUAAUCACCAUGGACCAGUCUCUUCUUCACAAGAGUGUUCGAGUGAAGUUUCGUCCGGGCCUAGUGUUGAUCAUAACAUGAGCAAUAAUAUUAACAACAAAUGCAUGAAGAUGGAGUCGUCUUCAUCAGAUCAAAGUUUGCUUGAAAUAAUAGAUGAGAAUUUCUGGUCUGAAGUGUUGUCAGCUGAUAGUUCAGUGAUGAACGCAGAACUACAAUUUUCAUCGACUCCGGUUGCGGCGGCUACGAUUGAACCACUCAAUAACGGUUGUAAUAUGUAUGAUAACAUGGACUUUUGGUACAAUCUUUUUACUAGAGCUGGGGAGAUACCUGAAUUACCAGGGAUUUGAGCAAUGACUGUUGGUUGUAAUUUUUUUUUAAUAUAAUUUUUUGGGUGAGAAAUAGAAAAUUUAUCUUCGAAAGUAUAAAAGAGCAUCAAUUUGUAAUUAACAAAAUCUUGGUGAUUGAUCAAAAUCCAUUAUAACCUUCAACAGAGGCAUGCUCCCAUAAUACUAAACAAUUAUAUAAUUCAUUAAUGAUUUGAUUUGAUUUGAAA